CAAUGUGUUUGCACCACUCAUAAUCCAUCUAGGUAAACUUGCAAUGGGACAAAACAUUAAUCUUAUCCUGCCGUAUGGCUGCGUAAUCCCUUUUGAUCCAUUGAAAGAUUGGUUUCGGUACAUGCUGGCGUAUGUAUUUGAAAUGUAUGCAAUACUCCGCUUUAUAUACAUAUAUAUAGGAACAGACAUCCUCAUGGUUACUCUAUGUGCUCUUCUUAGUGUCGAGUUUGCCAUACUGAAAGAUGAUCUUACGUACGUAAAACUAGAUAACUCUUCGAUAAAAAACUUCGUUCGGAAGCAUCAGCAGCUUCUAGAGUACAUUGGUCUACUUGACGAAAUUUUCAAUAAAAUAUUAUUUUUAGACUUAAUUUUUGUUACUGUUGUUAUGUGCCUAUGCGGAUUUGCUGUUACUGUAAGUAUAUUAGUGUAUUUUACAUGACUUAGUAAUAAUG